UCAACAUGUCAUCCAUGACCAUCGCUUGUCGGUCAUUGAAAACUGGACUACAGAGGGUAGUUGCCAUGCAUUUGGGGAUCUCUUAGAUGGGCCCCCGAUCUAUGGUUGCAACCGUUGUACGUUUUUUGUUCAUAAAUCUUGUCUUGAUAGGCUCAAACCAGAGGUUCAAAGUUUCUUUCAUCCAUGCCCGCUUGUGCUCUCUGAUAAUUGUUAUCAUGAAAAAUGUCAUGUUUGUUUUGGACAAAUCUAUUCAAACUAUCGCUAUCAAUGCAAGUUAGGGUGUUAUUUUAGCAUGCAUGUGGCAUGCGCCCAAAAGCCCAUGGUAGAAUAUUCAGAUGAGGAGCACACCGUUCAACAUUUCACUCAUUUUCAUCCCUUAAAACCUGUGGUUGAUUCCACCCUGCAAAAACAUGAAGUCGUCUGUGCCAUUUGUGAAAAGCUCUGCUCUUCUUCUUCUUCUACCUACGGUUGCACGGAAUGCAAGUUUUUCCUUCAUAAAUCUUGCAUGACGAGCAUUCCUCGACAGUUGAUCAAUCAUCUCAUCCAUCCCUGCACUCUCCUAUUCCUCACAACUCCUCUGUCUCGCUGCUGUGAUAAAUGCGGUGAAGAUAUUAUCUCCAGAAUAGAGUUCAGCUGCCAAAGCUGUUUUAUCCAUCUGCAUGUCAAAUGUGCCCUGCUUCCCACUGUAGACUCUGAAGAUGCCAAAGAGACCCAACAUUUCAGCCACCCACAUCCACUAGCACUCAUCGAAAACCAUAAAGAUUUCAACAACGAACCUCGAUGCGUGGCAUGUGUGGAAACUUGCUUAGCUCCCACACCAACUUUCAGGUGUAGCCGCAGAUCAUGCAACCACUUCUUUUUACACAAAUCAUGCGCUCUUAAAUUACCUUACCUCCCUGCAGAUAUGGUUGAACCUCCUUCUCAUCCCCAACAUUACCUACUCACCAUCACAUCCCUUCCAUACAAUGAUGAAAUCCGUACUUGUGGUGCAUGUAAUCGGGGCUUUGAUUCAUGUCUCAUAGCAUAUAGCUGUCAGGAAGAUAGGUGUGGGUUUAACCUUCACUUGGAUUGUAGUAAGCUCGAACCCUCUUUUGUUCUCGAUGGCCCUGACCAUUUUCUCACUCUCAUUGAGAAAGUAGCCGAUAUGACUUGCCAUUUUUGUGGUGCAAAUUGCUGUAACUUCAUUCUUCGAUGUUUGGAAUGUGACAUAAACAUCCAUAUCCAGUGUCUUCCAUCAGCACCCAAAACAAUAAGCCACAAAGCUCACCUCCAUCCUUUACAACUUACAAAGUCUCCUUUGGAAGAUGAGUUGAACUCAGAGGAAGAAGCUUAUAAUUCUGAGGAUGAGUUUUAUUGCGAUGUUUGUGAGCAAAAAAGAAAUAAAAGAGAGUUAAUUUACUUUUGUAAGGAGUGCAGAUUUAUUGCUGAAGCGAAAUGCGUCAUUUCUGCUGUGUUGCCAUUACUCACUAAGAAGUACAUUUGGUCAAGUGAAGAAGAAUUUUCAAGUGAAGAAGAACAAAGUGAAGAAGAAAUUUCAAAGGAGGAUGUGAGUGAUGAAGCUAAAUCCUUUCUAGAAAUCCCAAAGUUGCAUGUGGAAAAGAUCUUACUAAACUGCAUCAGAUUAAAUGAAAGACAACAUCUAUUAGAAGUGGAAAUGAAGGAACGAAAAGCUGAAAUGAAGGAACGAAAAGCAAAAAUGAAGGAACUAAAAGCAGAAUUUGAGAAGGCAAACCAUCUAUUAGAGAUACUAACUGAAGGUUACUCAGAUUUGUUAAUUUCACUAGUGCGAGAUGACCUUCAUUGGCGAGAUCUGAUCAUCUGUUCCAAGGUGUCGGCAUUGGUUCCAGAAUCGGAGGUGGAAGAUGAAUCAAUUAAUGAAAUCCGCAGGUUGCAUGUCCAAAAUGUAAAAGGAGAGCUCAUGAAAUUAGGAGAAACAAAAGAAAGUUUAGAAAAAGAAAUGAUGGAACUAAGCCAAGAAUUAAAUGGUAUGAAAGAACAUAUACGGACGAAAAAGCAUAUGUUUGCCACACUAGAGAAGACUCAUCCCUUGACCUUUCGAGGUCCAUUAGACGACGGACAAAUAGGAUUGGAUGACGACGAACAAGUAGGAUCAGAUGACGGUCAAUUCUCCAUUCGUUCCCCUCAUUUGAGAGCAUUUGGAAGCAAAAGGAGUAAAAAUAGAGCAGAUUUCAGGAGCCACACGAGCUGGGCCCUCCCACACGGAUUGGACAUGCAGUCAUACCGCAUACCUCGAUUUGCAUCCGAAAUACAUGGAAAACACAAUUUUUAGACUUUCUAGGCAUUCUAAAAUCUAUAAAUACCAAAUAAAAGAAGAGAGAAUGGAGCCAUUAAAGAAUAUUGAAGAAAACAACUCAAAGAACACCAUUGGAGCCAACUCUGAAGCAGAUUUCCAUCAAGACUGAAGACCUCCUUUUAAUUUCUUUUGAAGUUUUUAUGAGUUUCUUUAUUCCUUAUGGUUAUUCUGACUUUGAGAUGUUUUUUAUUCACAAUUAUGAACU